AUGUAUCACCUUCUUUUCUCGUUCGUCGUGGCCUUGUGCCUGUACACGCGCUGCACGGUCGCUGCUUUAACCUCGAGUGAAAUUGCCAACUCCCUCAAUGAACUAGCACAGCAAGGAUUUGCUGCCAAGGAUCUCGUAUUGGUAAUCAAUUCCACUGCUGGCGCUGGUCCAAUUCCAGAUAUAUAUACUCAGAUGGACACGAUGGUCGCUGUGGUUCUAACAGAUGUAAACUUUAUGACGAACACGCCGAUCAUUACCGGUCAGGUGGAACAGCAGGAUGUCUACGAGGGAUACUCAAAUUUCGUACAAUCACUCCUCCAGCUCAUGGACGCCUUCUCGAGCAGCGCAGCCCAGUUGAAAUCCAUCGACCAAACAACCAAGUACAAAGUCCCCUCUGAAAUUCGCAUCAUGGAAAGUGCCGUUGACGCCUUCUUCUACAACAUUAUCGGCCUCUUCCCAGCCAACAGCCCGUACAACGCCCAGGCCACCAACCAGAAAGCCCAGGUGGACACGCAUUGCUUCCAGGCUGUCUGGGCAUUUGACCUCGGUGAUAGCAAGGGUAAUCAGACUACUUAUCAAGCCCGCAGCCGCUCCCUUCACUCUCGAUGGACGAAGCGCAGCUCCUUGUGA